AUUUUCAAACAACGCGAGACCUGAGCAGUGGACUGGAGUCGUGGUCUGACGUCAUCCGAAAAUGGCUACUUCGUAAAAGGAUUUAUAAAAUACGAACACCCGAUACACACUUUCAACCAAACAUUAACAUUAUUAUAAAGGUUUGACCCCAGCGUGAACCCGGAAGCAGUAAUGUCACAGCUGGCCCACAGCGAGCACCUGUUGGAGCAGCUGCGUUGGCAGCGGGAAAGCAACGUUCUGUGUGACAUUACGGUCGUCGUGGGCGACACGCUGUUCCGAGCGCACCGUAAUGUCCUGGCGGCGUUCAGCGGGUUCUUCUCCGCACUGCCUGACAGAGGUCACCUGGUCACAACCCUUAACCCGGAGUUUGUCAGUGAGCAGGCCCUGAACACCCUGCUGAAAUACAUCUAUUCUGGAGAACUACUCACUGACAGUGAUGGGUCGGAGGCCGUGCUGGGAGCGGCGGUGUUCCUGGGGAUGAGGGAGGCAGAGCGUCACCUGAUAGACAAGUCUGACAGCCAACGGGAGAUGAGGAUAGAGUCAGCCUCACCUACCACCUCCCCCCAUUGCUUAGCUUCACCCCCCAGCCCAGAGGCGUUCAAGCCCUUGUCCUGCGUUUCUGGAGGGGGCUCGGUAGAGAGGGAGGAGGAAGAAGAGCGGGGAGAUCCAGAGUACACCCCUCCCUCCCCAAGCCCCCCAACAUCCCCCCGAAGAGGAGCGAGGAAAAGAAAGGGAAGAAAGCCCAAGGCCACACCUCAAAACCAACCCUUGCCUAGCAACCCAACAUCACCUAGCCAUGACGACACCCAAGAUGACACAACAGUCUCCCAGCCUCAGAGGGGCAGGGGGAGGGGAAGGGAGGGGAGGGGAGGAGGAAUGAGGAGGGAUCUGUCGUUGAAGGUGUCAGACCUUCAGAUCGUUGAGGAGAAUGAGACAGACCUCAGCCCUUCAUCAUUGAAACCUGUCAAGAGGCAAAGGAGGAGCAGUGGAGAGAGGAGAGGAAAGAAGAGAGGGAGAGGCAGAGGAAGAGGGAAACUGAAGGAGAGCAGAUCGAGCAAUGGAGAGGGGGAUGAGUGGAAGGCUGGGUUGAAGAACCAACAGGUGAAAGAGAAGCCAGUGUGUGCUGAGUGUAACAAAGAGUUCUCUGAGAUCAGUAGCCUGAGGAGACACAUGAGGAUCCAUAAAGGAGUGAAACCUUUCCAGUGUCUCUUCUGUUCCCGAGCCUUCACACAGGGAAACCAGCUCAAGACUCACCUCCGUAUACACACAGGAGAGAAGCCGUUUGCAUGUUCUCAGUGUGACAAGGGUUUUGCCCAGAAGUGUCAGUUGGUGGCUCACUGUCGAAUGUACCACGGUGAAGAGAAACCUUACACCUGUGAACAAUGUGGGCUGCAGUUCGCUACCUCAUCUAACUACAAGAUACACUGCAGGAAGCACAGUGGAGAGAAGCCGUAUGUGUGUGAACAGUGUGGGAAGGGUUUUGCCCAGGCCAGCACUCUGACCUAUCACAUGAGGAUCCACACAGGAGAGAAACCUUACCAAUGUGACGAUUGUGGGAUGGCCUUCUCCGUCUCAUCCUCUCUCAUCACACACAAACGCAAACACACAGGUGAAGCUCCACACGAGUGUCUGGUGUGUCAGAAGGCCUUCAUUACCAAACGAGAACUCAACAAACACUCCCGCAUCCACAACGGUGGAGACUCAACUGUUAAGCAGCGUGUGACAUGUGAGCUGUGUGGAAACACCUACGCUGGCCUGAGCAGCCUGAAGAAACACCAAGAGAGACAACACUUAGUUCCAAUGGCGGUUCCAGAAUGGGUUCUCCUCCACAACAUUCCUAUCGACCACCAGGGGCUAAUCUCCCGCGAUGCGCCCAGCCCCAUGCACGAGGAGCCAGGCAACCCUGACCCCGAGGAGCCAGGCAACCCUGACCCCGAGGAGCCAGGCAACCCUGACCCCGAGGAGCCAGGCAACCCUGACCCCGAGGAGCCAGGCAACCCUGACCCCGAGGAGCCAGACAACCCUGACCUCGAGGAGCCAGGCAACCAUGACCCCGAGGAGCCAGACAACCCUGAACCAACGACCCCUAACUUGAGCCCAAACCCUCUCAGUGUACUAGUAGAACAGUUGCGUACAUCUUCCUCCAACUUCUCUUCCUCACUCUCCCACUGUGAUCCAGCCUACCCUGUCGAAGACAUGGAGCAGAUCAUCAUCAUUAGAACUUUGGACAAUGACCCCUGCCCUGACCCCUGACUCAACCACCUCUGACCCCCUCACCCAGAUCCUAACAUAACUCUCAGGCUUGGAGUGGAUCGAACCUUUUUGAAUGGAUCAACGGGACCUACAGGAUCCAAUAUGAAUCAGCUGUAGUGUCAGAUGUAGAACUGUGAAUAGUGUGGAUGUUGACAAAUCAUAUAUGUAAUUACAUUUACAUUUUAGUAAGGUAGCAGACGCUCUCAUCCACAGCGACUUACAGUAGUGAGUGCAUAACUUUUUGUAAUUCACUCCAUCUUUUAAUGAAAUGAACUCAUUCAGAUCUAAACAUUUAUUUUAUUGUAUGUUUGAAAUGUUUAUUCCUAGAGAUAAUCACUGAGGACCUACCCACAGAACAGCCAGGCUCACCAUCUCCUGGCUUUGCAUUUCUCUACACAUCCUGAAUCGUCCUCUGUUCAAUGUUCUGGUUUUAAUCCCACGUCUCAGUAACAUGGGGUUUAAUGUUUUAUGGAAUCUAGAGGUAGUAUUGAGAUGGAUGGAUAUUUAUGAAAAGUCAAGGUUUUUAAUUCAACAGCUCUAUUCUUUAUUCACACACCUUGAUUUUUUCCCCCCAAAAUUGGUGUUACAAAGUGGGAUUAAAAUGGAUUUAAUUGUAAUUUUGUGUCAAUGAUCUACACAACAUACUCUGUAAUGUCAAAUUGGAAAAAACAUUCUAAGAUGAGUAAAAAAAUAUAUAUAUGUGAAAAAUA